UCACAAGAGAUAGUCAUAGUGUUGUCCACGCGUGUCCUGCUUGCCAUGGUCCAAUGACGCCCCCUUCCACCAAAGCUCAACUCUUACUAAAACGUCGCCCCGCCCUCAAAACAAUAGAUGGUCUUAGGCACUGUCCGAGCCUAUAUAAAUCAGACAGACUCAAUGGCCAGCUGUCCGAUUUGUUAGGAAUCCACUUAUAUGAAAAUCUACAUCUGACUAAGUCCAUUGUGAUUCAGUACAAUUCUUCUUUACGUUGUUUUCGGUUGUGUUCUAUUUCUUAUUAGGACUUAACUUCUAACCAAGUCGCUCACAAUGUCAGAACGUGAGCAUCACACGGCAAUGCCAGAGUGUCUCUGUGUUCAGUGUAUUUCAAAUACAAGUGAUGAAAGUUCUGGACUGCCAAUACCAACCAAUCAAACGAGAGUACAUGAUGAGAUUCAUUCCAACACGACUGCUUCUACACACACAUUGGACUUGACAGAUGAUGAAGAGUUCUACGAUGACAUAACUUUUGGAGACCUCACUGAAACCAGCUUUUUCAGUCCUGCACUAGAGAUGGAGUAUGUAGUACAAGGAGUCAUACUGGGAAUGCAAAAUGCCCGAAAUUCAGAACCGAAUGAAUCGAAUGAACAGAAUGAAUCAAAUGAGCCAAAUGAAUCGAAUGAACAGAAUGAAUCGAAUGAGCCAAAUGAAUCGAAUGAGCCAAAUGAAUCGAAUGAACCACUCGUAGAUAUCGAGUAUGUAGAACAAGAAGUCAUACAGGGAAUGCAAAAUGCCCGAAAUUCAGAACCAAAUGAAUCGAAUGAACCGAAUGAACCACUCGUGCCCUUUCACAGCAGAUCCAACAUUUCUACACCUUUAUUGUUACUGGGUGUUAUGGAGAGAAUGUACCAUUACCGACACAUGGAACCAACUGUACCAGGUGUGACAUUUCCCACCAGUUCCUUCCUACCUACAUCUUUAUCUCAGGGGAGGCUAGAAAGACGGCCCGUUCAGACGACACCAGACAUUCUUUUCGCAGAAAACAUCGGAGAGUGGCUGUCCAGUCAGGCAUCAGCGGAUACAAAUGAGGAAAGAGAAUCAGACGAUUUGCUGUUGAACUUCCUACAGUGACCCACAUGAUAACUACAAGUGAGACUGACCAAUAAAGUAACUUCCUACAGUGACCCACAUGAUAACUACAAGUGAGACUGACCAAUAAAGUAACUUCCUACAGUGACCCACAUGAUAACUACAAGUGAGACUGACCAAUAAAGUAACUUCCUACAGUGACCCACAUGAUAACUACAAGUGAGACUGACCAAUAAAGUAACUUCCUACAGUGACCCACAUGAUAACUACAAGUGAGACUGACCAAUAAAGAAAUAAUUUGCUGAGUUCAUUCUUAAUGAAAAUAUUAGUUCUUAUUCUUUCUACAUUUGUUCCUUUUAGAACAAAUAUUUUUGACAUGUCAUAAUGUUAGGUUGGUAAUAUCAAUAUAAAGACUUGCUGUUUGUAUGAUAGCACAUAUUUUUAGCAUGUCAUAUUAUUAGGUUGUCAGGCUUUAGUUCUAUG